AUGGCUGCACAGCUCAUCGCUCUCCCCGCCGUGGAGCGCCUCAGCCCCGCCUGCAUCCGUAUCCUAGGCGGAAACCCGGGGAAGUUUACCUUGCAGGGCACCAAUACAUACCUGCUCGGCACUGGCCGCCGGCGAAUCCUUAUCGACACAGGCGAGGGUCGAAAGGCCUGGAUCUCCUCCAUCAAAUCCACCCUCGAGCAGGAGAACGCUACUAUCGACACGGCUCUAAUCACACACUGGCAUGGCGAUCAUACUGGCGGCAUCAAGGAUCUCCUCAGCCUCUCCCCGCAAACCAGUAUCUAUAAGAAUGAUCCAGACCCGGGUCAGCUCGAUAUUGUCGAUGGGCAGCAGUUCUGCGUUGAAGGUGCCAGUUUGACGGCGUCCCAUACUCCCGGUCACACCACCGACCACUUUGUUUUCGUCAUGAAAGAGGAAGAUGCCAUGUUUACUGCCGAUAAUGUCCUUGGCCAAGGUACAGCCGUGUUCGAGGAUAUGGCCGCAUACUUGCAAAGCCUUGAGCAGAUGCGACCCAUGUUUAAUGGUAGGGCUUACCCCGGACAUGGCCCCGUCAUCGAGGACGGGCCGGCCAAGAUAUCCGAGUACAUCACACACCGGCGGCAGCGGGAGGAUCAAGUUGUUCGAACAUUAGCGCUCCCGCCCGGUGAGGGGACGGAGAGUCCUGUCGCCGAGGCGAUGGUUCCGACCUGGACUGCUAUGGAGUUGGUCAAGGUCAUUUACAAAGACGUGCCUGAGGCGCUCCACCAAGCUGCUUGUGGUGGUGUUUGCCAGAUCUUGCAUAAGCUUGAGGGCGAGGGUCGUGUUUCACAGCAGGGAGACAAGUGGCGGCUGGUGGUUGAGGGCCGUUCUUCCCUCUGA